AUGCGUCACCUCGGGGUCUCAUUUCUAUUAACUUCGCUUCUGUCUGCGACUGGGAUCAUUGCAAGCGAAGAUCCUAGUGAUGUGUCCGUUUUGAUUAGAGAGUCUGGACGCGCCAGCAACCAGUCCCUGCUAUGGGGACCCUACAAGUCGAAUCUCUACUUCGGAGUGCGUCCUCGCAUCCCGAAGAGUUUGUCUGCAGGCUUGAUCUGGGGCAAGGUCGAUGAAUACAUUGGUGCCCAGCAGAAUUUUAGGCACACCUGCGAACAAAAUGAAGGCAUGGAUGGGUAUGGCUGGGACGAGUACGAUAUCCGCAAGGGUGGACGGGAGACUAUUCACGACGCCGGGAACAACUUGGACCUCACCAUCGACUUCAUCAAGGUCCCUGGCGGCGAGAACGGAGGAAGCUGGGGAUUUCGCGUCAAGGGCGAGCCUCGUGAGGGUGCUAGCCCAGAUCUACCCGUUUCGAUGAUCUUUUAUACUACACUUGAGGGAUUGGGCCAUGUGGGCGUUGAGACCGACACCACCGAGGACUCUGCUGGCAUUGAAGGCAACGUCAAGCUCAGUGGAUACUCCUCGGAGCUUGGUGACUUCUCUAUUGAUGUUACUACCGGACCCGACACCAACAGAUACCCUCGUUUUGACCACCCUAGCUCCACAGACAGGCCACUCACCAACAGCCUGGUGGGCAGUGUGUCAUUCCCCGAGGAACAGCUUUGGCAAGCAAAGGGUAUUUACUUCACUCAAUUGAAGAAGCAGGUUGAUGAAGCUCUUCAGGAUUAUGGCCAGGAGAACAUCCCGCCUCCUGCCCAGCUCUUUACGAUCAAGCACAAGCCUGGUCAAGGCAAUGCCCACUUUGUCCAAAAGGUUUUCACUGGCGCAUUCGAGUUCGAUGUCCUGUUCUCUUCGGGCUCUGCUCCCGAGCCAUUGACUUCGGAAACCCUGACCAAGGAGAUUAAGGAUGCCUCGGCUUCGUUCUCUGAGACAUUCGACAAGGUUCUCCCACCGCAGGCGCCGUUCGACUCGCUGAAGUACUCCAAGUUCUCCAAGGCCAUGCUAUCCAACCUCAUUGGUGGUAUUGGCUUCUUCCACGGAGAUGAUGUUGUGGACCGGUCAGCCAACCCUGCGUACGAGGAAGAGAACGAAGGUUUCUGGGAAGAGACUGCCGAGGCCAGAGCUGCAGUGGAGCCCGUCUUGGAAGGACCUAAGGACCUUUUUACUUGUGUACCCUCGCGGCCAUUCUUCCCUCGAGGAUUCCUCUGGGAUGAAGGCUUCCACUUGAUGCCCGUGAUUGAAUAUGACACUGAUCUUGCACUCGAGAUUAUCAAGAGCUGGUUCAACCUUAUGGACGAGGAUGGAUGGAUUGCGCGCGAGCAAAUCCUCGGCGCAGAGGCACGCAGCAAGGUUCCUGCCGAGUUCACCGUCCAGUAUCCUCAUUACGCCAACCCGCCCACCCUGUUCAUGGCCCUGGAGGCCUUUAUGGACAAGGUCAACAGCAACAAGAGCAAUGAUGUCUUGGAUAGCCAGGAUGUGACCGCCAGCCUGCGUUCUGCUACUGUCCGCCAUCCCGAGUUGUCCGAGGCAUACCUUCGUUCAUUCUACCCACUCCUGAAGAAGCACUACUUCUGGUACAGAAACACCCAGCGCGGCGAUAUCAAGUCUUACGACCGGGAAGCCUUCUCCACCAAGGAGGGUUACCGCUGGCGCGGACGUUCAGUGCAGCACAUCCUCACUUCCGGUAUUGAUGACUACCCCAGACCUCAACCGCCUCACCCCGGCGAACUGCACGUUGAUCUAAUCAGCUGGAUGGGUAUGAUGACCCGCACUAUUCGUCGCAUUGCUGAGCGCCUCGGCGAGCAAGAUGAUGCCGAAGAAUUCGCCUACUACGAGACCGCUAUCACUCGCAACAUUGAUGACUUGCAUUGGGAUGAGCAGGAGCAAACAUUCUGUGAUGCUACCAUCGACUCGUUCGAAGACAGUAUUCAUGUUUGCCACAAGGGCUAUAUCUCCAUCUUCCCCUUCUUGACUGGCAUGCUUGGCCCUGACAGCCCUCACCUCAAGGCUGUCUUGGACUUGAUCAGUAACCCCGAUGAAUUGUGGAGUGACUAUGGUAUUCGUAGCUUGAGCAAGAAGGACAAGUUCUACGACACCGAUGAGAACUAUUGGAGAAGCCCUGUUUGGAUUAACAUCAACUACUUGGUAUUGAAGAAUCUUCAUGAUACUGCAUUGGUUGCCGGCGACCACCAGGAACAAGCUCGGGAGAUGUACUCCCAGCUGCGCAAGAACUUGGUCGAGAAUGUCUUCCGUGAGUGGAAGAAGACUGGCUUCGCUUGGGAGCAGUACAACCCUGAUUCAGGUAACGGCCAGCGCACACAGCACUUUACCGGCUGGACCAGUAUGGUGGUGAACAUGAUGUCUAUGCCGGAUUUGGCUAAGACUGAAGAGACUGCCCAUGACGAGUUGUGA